GUUUAUAAAUCACAUCAUACACAGGUCACUCAUUGAGCUUUAGAGAGAAAUGACGCAUUAAUGAACACAAAUUGAAAAGCCAGAUGAAUUAUAGUUGUUUUUUUUUUGCUGCAGCACAACGAUGACUUCCUGUUUAUGCUUCCCAAACAGCUGUCAAUCAGAUUAAAGUUGUGUGGCUGCUGGCAUGUCAGCGUGCACGUGACCUCUGGUCACACUGACCUUCUGAGCUCUGGGGUCUUGGUGUUAUUAGCUGUGAGCUGCAGAUUAGCAUGUUAGCUAUGUUUGGUAUGCAGCACUGCACAGGAUGAACUGAUCCCCAGAGACCUGAACCUUCACACAGCGCCCCCUGCAGGACUUAGGUUCCUCAUGGUCUUCAUCAGCAGAUGUCACCUGACACAGGUGUGAAAUCUUCAACCAAAUGUUGAUCCCAGUCGAUGACCUUUGGCCAAAAUCAACCUUUUAUUAGUCGUUAAUCACGUGACACACAAACACCAUCGUGCUGAUUCACUGUCGUCUGAAGGGUUCAUCCUCUGGAGACUGGUCUGUCGAAGCUGGAGUUUCUGUGUGUUGUUCUUUAAAGUCAGUUUGGGAAACAGGCGACUGGUCUUUUCAACCCUGUCCGGGGGUCGGAGGUCCAAGUUUCUACGUCCUCACAGGUUUCCAGAUCAUCAAUCAUCUUCAGCUCAACUUCUCCCUCUGCAACCACAAGAAGUUGUUUUACUUCUGGAGUUUUCAACCACAACAUACAUGAUGUCAAGGCCCUUUACACCGAGACCUGAAACACAAAGAGCAGCUGAGACCACUGAAGCAGAGUCAGUGUGGAGGAUUAGUGUGUGUGUGUGUGUGUGUGUAAGCUGUUGGUGCUUGUUCAGCAGCAGGUUGGUGUUUCAGGAUGAAGUCUGCUGUUUUGUUUCUUCUCCUCUGUUUGUCUCCUUUCGUCCCUCGGGGGCUGUCGGAGGUUUCUGUCCCGCAGGAGGACGACCUCAGGCCGGGGGUCGACGGGCCCCCGGAGCUCCCAGACCUCUGGGACGAGCUGUGGGGGCUGAGGGAGCUGGUCCUGAGCCUGAAGGCGGAGGAGGUGGAGCGGCGCCAGGCCCUGCGCAGCAUGGAGAGCCGGCUGCGGGACAGAGAGGUGGAGGCUGAGCAGCAGAGACGAAGCCUGGACGGACUUCAGGAGACGGUAGACCAUCAGCGGGAGGAGCUGAUCUCAGAUCUGAGGAGGAGGGUGGAGGAGACGGAAGAGCAGAGCAAAGCUCUUGCUGCCCAAGUGUGGACGCUUCUGUCAGGCCUGAACGCCAGCGAGAGCUCGGUGGAGCACCUGAAGAAGAAGAGCGCAGCCAUGGCGUCAGAGCUGCCGUUCCUGCAGACGAGGCUGAGGGCAAAUGAACGCACCGUGGAGCAGCUGAGGAGGAAGAAUGCAGUCCUGGCAGCCAGACUGUGCAGCACAGAGAGUGUGAUGGAGGAGCUGAGGAGGCAGAUCUCAGGUUUUCCAGCCUCCAACAGUUCAGAGACUCGACUCGUUCGCCUCCCGGAGCUGAACUCCACCUCUGAAGCUCUACACAGUCGACCAAACUCGUCUGCCGAGGGAAACCAGCUCAGUGUCACCCUGACGACCAGAAGCUCAUCAGCUCUGGAAGAAAAUCUGUCAUCUGUGACGAGUCGACUGCUGCAGCUGGAGAAAAACGACAAAGCUCGUUCAGUUGAAGUUUCUGCUGUGAAGUCCAGGCUGACGGAGACUCAGGCUGCAGGACAGGCUGACUGGGUGGAGCAGCUGCAGCUCAGACUGAACUCUGCUGAGAACCACAUCCAGCAGCUGCAGACAGACGGGGCAGAACAAACCUCCAAACUGAUGAACCUGCAGAGAAACGUGGACUCGCAGGAGGAUCUCCUGGACAAACUGAACACUGACAUGAUGAACAGACUGAGCCUCAGUGAGAAACAGCUGCAGGAUCUGAAGACAGAGAAAACCUUUCAGAGCGUUCAGCUUUCGUCGUUAGAGUCCAGACUGACGGGUCACAGCUACAACGCUACAGACGUGAUGAACAGACUGAGAGUCAGUGAGAAACAGCUGCAGGAGCUGAAGACAGAAAACACAGAGCUGGAGGUCCGACUGAGUGAUGGUGAGAAACAGCUGCAGGAGCUGAAGACAGAAAACACAGGUCUGGAGGUCCGACUGAGAGUCGGUGAGAAACAGCUGCAGGAGCUGAAGACAGAAAACACAGCCGAGUCGGUCCAGGUCUCACUGAUGGAGUCCAGACUGACCGACGUCAACAGCACCAGCACAGACGUGUUGAACCGACAGAGCGUCGGUGAGAAACAGCUGGAGGAUCUGAGGUCACAACAAACAGGUCUGGAGGUCCGACUGCGGGGGGGUGAGAAACAGCUGCAGGACCUGAGGACACAAAACACAGUUCAGAGCGUUCAGCUUUCGUCGUUAGAGUCCAGACUGACGGGUCACAGCUACAACGCUACAGACGUGAUGAACAGACUGAGAGUCAGUGAGAAACAGCUGCAGGAGCUGAAGACAGAAAACACAGAGCUGGAGGUCCGACUGAGUGAUGGUGAGAAACAGCUGCAGGAGCUGAAGACAGAAAACACAGGUCUGGAGGUCCGACUGAGAGUCGGUGAGAAACAGCUGCAGGAGCUGAAGACAGAAAACACAGGUGAGCUGAAGGUGGCGUUCUCCGCUGGUCUGACUGACUCAGGACCAGUUGGACCAUUCGAUGAAGAGAUGACGCUGAUCUUCUCCAAAACCAUCAGCAACAUCGGUCGAGGCUAUAACCAGAGCACAGGUGUGUUCACGGCUCCUGUCAGAGGCGUUUACUUCUUCAGCUUCACGACUGCAGAUUACCUGAAGGGCUACAUGGGUCUCUACCUGUACAGGAACAACCAGCCAAUCCUCUUCCACCUGGACCUGAACGACCACGGCGGCUACACCUCCACCUCCAGCGGCGUGGCGCUGCAGCUGGAGGAGGGCGACCGAGUCCGCCUCAGUCUGCCGGCGAGCUACCGACUGUACGACGACUCUCGGAACUUCAGCGUCUUCUCUGGCUUCCUGUUGUUCUCACUCUGACGGGAUCAGGUGAGACGUCCUCUGAGCAGAGACAAUCCUGUCCCUUAUCACCCUGGAACGCAGUUUGUAGGGUGGGCU